AUGCCGAGGUUGAACUACGCGAAGAAUCGGAAUAGGAAGUUUACCUAUCGGAAGGGUGACUAUGUGGAUCUGGACAACGAGGACACUUCCACUCGCUACCCGCGUUUUCGUAAUGGUUGGAACUUGGAAAGGCGUGGACAUCGUAACAAUUCACACCCCAAUAUCAGUAAUGAGGCCGUUAGAAGAGUUGUGUUUGGUGGUCCUCCUCCUGGUACCGAAUAUUUUCGCUCCUACGUCUCCUCCCAUGGAGAAGUAUGGGUCCGCGCAAAUAUUGCAAAUGGAGGAACAUUGUCCACUGAUUUCUUCAAAGAAAGCUUCAGUGCCGCCAUUGGAACCACUGUUCGAAUUUACAACUUCAUGCCACGAGGGGGAAACUGUGCCUUCUUCUUCAAGAUUCGAUCCAAAAAACUCGGAGACUACAGCAAAGCCAUUAAGGGGAUUACAAAUCCUGCAACUGGCGCUCCCAUUGUGUGUGAUAUCAAGCCGUGCAGCGAACCUGAAGUUCCAACUAUUUCGGCUAAUGCAAACAGUGGUGUUGCUGCUCCUCUUCUUCCUGAUUCUUGGAUGGCUGCUCUGAGGGAGUGCUUUAAGGAGCGGUUUCAGGCCACUACUAAUACUCUCGAUCUCUCCAGUCUUCAUACCGAUCUCAGUCUCCUCAACAAGGGCUACUUCAUACCCCUGAACAAGACCAUUGUUUUUUCGUCCUUCGUUGCAAUUCUUCAGGAAAAUAACGCAAAACUCUUCGCCUUGAAUCUAUCGAACAACCGAUUGAAUCAUGUGCAACCGUUUGAAGAUAUGUGUAAGGUCCUGGGACCACCCACAUACGCCUUUGAGCGGAUAGACCUGAGCGGAAAUCAGAUUAACAAUGCACGAAAUCUUGACGGGCUGAAAGCAGUACCUGGGAUUACUCACCUUGACCUGACGGAUACGCCAUUAGCGGGUCGUUUGUCCAACCCAAAUAGCGGCAAACUGAUCGAAGCGCAAAUCGUGCGGAUUCUUCCCGGAUUGAAGACGCUGAAUGACAGGCCAAUCAAGGUGACGGUUCAGUUUGCCAUCGAGCAGGGUUCUAAAGCUCCCGAAACUACUCGUGCUCCAAGAAUUCGGCUUCCAUCGUCAAUUCAGGGGCAUUUCGGAAAUGAGGAAAUUCGAGUGCCUUUGCUUACCUUCCUAAUGGAAUAUUGGUCUUAUUUUUUCAUCAUCCCACCGCUUCCCGUCCACAGGUACUUUAAUCGCUACGAUUCGUCACAGCGUGGAGAAUCUAUCUAUUCCUACUACACAUCGGCUUCAACACUGACGAUUUGUGUGAACCCUGCUUCGCAAUUCACAGGAAAAAGUGUUCUUGAAACACUCGACUCAGGAAGUGCCUUGAAUCAGAAGAUCCAGCUCCUUACCAAUAAUGUGGAUGAUACUUACUACAAGCAAAACCGGAAUCUGUUGCGCUGCAAGGAUGAGAAUAAGCGCCACGAGCUUAUCUGCCAGGGUCCUCUUAACAUCGCUUCUGCUUUGGGGAAGUUACCUGCCACUGAGCACGUCCUUGAGUCCUUCUGUGUUGAUGUGAUUAGCUACUCUGAACAGCAAAUAAUAUUCAAUGUAACAGGUGUUUUCUACGAGAAUAAGACACCUACGAGCGAAAAUACUCCUCUGCGAAAGGUGCUGCGUUGCUUCACUAGGUCAAUGAUUCUCAUCGCACCGGGGACACAUAUCCUCCAAGAUAAUUUAAUCGUCUCGAACCCCACAGAGCCUCUCAUCCAGCGCUAUAUCCGUGAGGUCAAGAAGCGGGUAAAGGCUGAAGCUGAAGCCAAAGCGGUGACACAGCCAACUGUUGUUUCCAAUGCCCCCGGGAACAGUGAGGAGGCAGCAGUGAUAGAGUUUCGUCGUCAAACGGGCAUGAAUUUGGCCUACUCUCGUCAGUGUCUUCAAGAAUUUGGAUGGCAGUUCGAGACCGCAUUGGCCAGUUUUCAGGAAAUGCAUGCCUCAGGCAGUAUCCCUCAAGUCGCCUUCGCUCCAGAUUAG